AUGCCCGCGGUCCCAUACCUACCUCAAGACAUAUCGAGCUCGCUUGCGAACGACAUCCGCGCACGGCGAGGUGCUGGGGGCCUCCUUCCUCUGGAUAGGAUUCUCCUCCACGCACCCCCAAUCGCUGAGGGAUGGUCCAAACUCCUGGGAGCUGUCAGGACUGGGAGUAUACUAGAAGAUGACCUUCGAAAAAUAAUUAUCCUGCGGGUAGCUGCUCGCAAUGGGGCAUCUUUCAUAUGGAUUCACCAUGAGCAACUUGCCAGAGCCGCCGGGGUGUCGACGGAGCAGCUCACACGCAUCGGGGACAUCGAAACACCUCUUCCAGAGCUGAGCCACCUGACCUCCUCUGGUCCUGGUCUGUUCUCCGUUCCACAGGCCGCUGUAUUACAGUUGGCCGAGGACAUGACCACGAAAGUCCACUUGGGUCGAGAUGGUAUCCUCCCUACCCUCACAGCCUUCCAGCAGUCACCGCUUCGUGACCCGGAUAAUCUUCACCGCAAAGUGGUCGAGGCCGUGUCCACAUGCGCCGCCUACAACAUGACCAGCCGGUUCGUUGUCGCACUGGACGUGGACGACCGUGCGAACAUACCUUGCCCCGUCCCUGGGCUGACAGCACAACCUGUAUCGUCACAUCCCGGACUACCCUCUGGAGUUCUUGCCUCCACAUCCGUCAAUGACCUCUACUUCGGAGAACAGGCAGAAGAGUAG